CAGCUUCCGUUUUCCUGGGGCUUUUAACAGUGAAACAGUGCAAGGCGAAGGCAGAAGGGAGUGGAGCACAGGGAGGAGCAGCACAGAACCAAGUGGGAGCAGCUAUGGGGGAUGCCUUCAUCCGGCACAUCGAGCUGCUGGGCUAUGAGAAGAGGUUCUUCCCCAGCCAACACUAUGUCUACAUGUUCCUGGUGAAGUGGAAUGACCUCUCUGAAAAGCUCAUCUACCGCCGGUUCACCGAGAUCUACGAGUUCCAUAAAGCACUGAAGGAGAUGUUCCCCAUCGAGUCUGGAGACAUCAAUGCGGAGAACCGGAUCAUCCCACACUUACCAGCCCCAAAGUGGUUUGAUGGGCAGCGCUCGACGCAGAGCAGGCAGGGCACGCUGGCUGAGUACUGCUACACGCUGGUCAACCUGCCCCACAAGAUUUCCCGCUGCCUGCACGUGGUCAGCUUCUUUGAGGUCCGGCCCGAUGACAUGAACCCCGUCACAGACAGCCAGAUCAGGAAGCCCGAGGUGUUCCUCCUGCCCAAGGAUGCAAAGAAAAACGCCAGUGACAUCACAGGCCCCAUCGUCCUGCAGACGUACCGAGCCAUCGCCGACUACGAGAAGAGCUCCAAGUCUGAGAUGGCUCUAAAAGCUGGGGAUGCCGUGGACGUCGUGGAAAAGAGUGAGACUGGUUGGUGGUUUUGCCAGUUAAAGAACAAGCGGGGCUGGGUGCCAGCUGCCUAUCUGGAGCCGAUGGAUGGUCCUGAUGAAUCAGAGGAGCAGGAGCCCAACUAUGCAGGUGAGCUGUACGUGGUGCAGAAAAGCUACACGGCUGUGGAGGAGGACGAGCUGACACUCAAGGAGGGUGACACCAUCGAGGUGAUCCACAAGCUGCUUGAUGGCUGGUGGGUCAUCAGGAAGGAUGAAACCACAGGUUAUUACCCCUCCAUGUACCUGAAGAAAUCUGGGGAGGUGAACACUGCUGAGAAAAGUGGGCUGAGGAACCACAUUCCCCCCCGGAGAUCCACCAUCCGCAAUGCAAAGAGUAUCCACAACAAGGGACGGAAGCAGAUCAGCCAGGAAACCUACAGGAGGAACAGCAAGAAGUAUAUGCAGAACCGGAGGAACAUGAGGGGCAAUUUGCAGAACAAGGACAUCAUCCCUGAGACAAAUGAGCAAGAAGAGAACAAGUCAAAGGCUCAGCCUGCAGUUCCUCCCCGGCCCAGCAAAGACCUCAUCAUGAACCGCUGCACAGAGAGUACCAGGAGGAAGAUCAUGUGAGGCUCUCAGCCCCCAAACCCUGCGAUCAGAUGCUUUAUCUCUUGUGCAGAGGGGGCAUCGAGCCAGGCUGGGGGUCUGCAUGUCUCCCAGAGCAGCUGUGAGCCCAGGCUCUGUGUUAACCCCACAGCACAGCGGCCUCAAGCUGCCCCAAGGAGCAGUGUGAGCACUUCCACCAGCACCUGUGGGCUGAGCCUUCCCACAGCCCAGGUUCCUCAUCACUAGCAGGUUCACUUUUAUCCCUUAUUUGUAUUCUGAAUGAUUUUUUUUUCUGGUUUUUAACAGUUACCAGCAUUGCGCUGAGAUUGUAGCCAGGGCUUCAAUCACUGUGAGAAAACCCUAACAUGUAAAUAACGUGCACAAAAAGCAGUGUAGCAUAAAGAGACACUUUAUAUGUGUAUUUCAAUGCUUUCAUGCUGUGUGGACAACUGAUCAAUAAACAAGGUAUCAAUGCUG